AUGCAGACCUUGCCGCCGGAGCAGACGGCCUCCGCGGCUGAACCGCCCGUCGCGCAGCGGCAGGAUCGGCUCCCACGCGGCGGUGGGCGGCGAGGCCGCGGGGUCCCACAACGCGCCAGAGCGGGUGACGGCAGGGUCGUAGCCUGCGCGGACGCCCCCAGUGACAAACACGCGACCGCGCGCCGCGCCGGCCGCAGACCAGCUAUCCCUGCGCCGCUGGUCACCGACGGAGGAAGACGAGAGGGCCAGAGGGGAGGGAGGGAUUCCUCUUCCUUGCUGCCGCCAUCGAAACCGCUCUUCUUCUCUGCUGCGGGGUGGGGAUGGAGGAGGGCCUCGCACGCCGGCUCUUGGUACACCAACAAUGCCAGGAAACUGGAUGAGGAACUUGAUGGUUGGCUGAGGGCUGCUGGUCUAACCAAGUCCCCUGAUGUGAGUGCAGUAAUUGCGCCCCAUGCUGGCUAUUCAUACUCAGGGCGGUGUGCGGCAUAUGCUUUUGGCAACAUUGAUCCAACUAACAUUUCUCGGGUCUUCCUGUUAGGCCCCUCACAUCACUACUAUACUCCAAAAUGCGCAUUAACAAGAGCUACUAUUUAUAGCACCCCAAUUGGGGAUUUGCCAGUAGACCAUGAAGGUCUCUCCAGGUCAAAUGCCUUACAAAAGGAAAUAUUUUCGGAUCUUUUGCAAAGUUACCUACUUAAACCAAUGUUUAAAUCUCUAAACCUUAUUGAGACCCUCCUGCACCCACUAAUCAACUUACCCCUUUUUCUGUAAAUGGGUUGAGACCAAAAUGAAGCCAUGUAUGGGCAGUUGCUCUCUAGAUAUCUUGACGAUCCGAAGAACUUCUUUUCUAUCUCCUCAGAUUUCUGCCACUGGGGAACCCGGUUUAGUUACACAUACUACGACAAGAGCCAUGGUGCUAUACAUAAAUCGAUAGAGGCCUUGGACCACAUGGGCAUGGAGAUAAUAGAGACUGGUAAUCCAGAUGCAUUCAAGCAGUACUUGCAAGAGUAUGAAAAUACCAUAUGUGGGCGCCACCCCAUCAGCGUUUUCCUCAGUAUGCUGAAACAUUGUUCGACGAAGAUCAAGAUCAGAUUUGUUCGGUAUGAACAGUCAAGCCAGUGCAAGAGCAUGAGAGACAGCAGCGUGAGCUACGCUUCUGCAGCAGCCAAGGUGGAUACUCCAGCCGAAGAAGAGAAGGAUUGGAUUGAGUAGGUUGUGGAUUUUGCCCGGAUCACUUGUACAACCCCCCGCCUGCAGCUAGCAUGAUCGUUUUGCAAUCCAUGUAUCUGCCUGCCAAACUCUAUAAAGUAAUUAUAGGUUCCUGUUGGAGACCGAUUGUUGCAGCAAGUUUAACACCAGGCCUGCUUAAUGGCGGUGGGUUUUUUUUUCCGACAUAGAUUCUGCACCAGCAAGAUCAAGAUGGCAACGACUACUAUAUGUAGCACUAGAAAAACAAUACUAGCACAAACAACAAGUUACUCGUGGUACAAGUAAGCAAAAAUCAGAACUACUAUGGAUAGCAUGAUUUCAUUGAGAUGCGAAGCUGAUGUAUUUGUUGAAAUUCAAAUCUUUAAGAGCAUUAUACCCCUUUGUUGAGUAGCUCAUAAAAAGCUGGGACUUUUCCAUCUCUAACCUGGUUUACAAAUGCACUCCUCUUUCACCAAUAAUAUAAGCAUUUACAAACCUUCCAUGGCUUA